AUGGCCGCACGUGGUUCAGCACGAAAUUCACGAUUAAAUAAAAAACCAAAGAAAACUAAAUUACGCGGUAACGUCUCCCACGGUCAUGGUCGUAUUGGUAAACAUCGUAAACAUCCUGGUGGUCGUGGUAAUGCUGGUGGUCUUCAUCAUCAUCGUACACUUUUCGAUAAAUACCAUCCGGGUUAUUUCGGUAAAGUUGGUCAACGUGAAUUUCAUAAACUUAAAAAUCGUCGUUGGUGUCCAACAGUCAAUCUUGAUCAUUUAUGGUCACUUUUGAGUCAACGAACACACGAAAAAUAUACCGAAGGUGAAAAUACUGUCGUACCUGUUGUUAAUGUUGUACGAUCAGGUUAUUUCAAAGUAUUGGGUAAAGGUGUUUUACCAAAACAACCACUUAUUGUCAAGGCAAAAUUUUUCUCCAGACGUGCUGAAGAAAAAAUUAAGGCAGCUGGUGGUGCUUGUGUACUUUUAGCAUGA